AUGCUUCUGCUUUAUGUGGUUUUUAUGUUUUUCCAAACAGUAGAAUCUGUUACUAUACUUUUGUUUCUAAUCGGUACAACACAGUUUGAGCGAAGUAUGUUUGAAUUUUUGGCACAACAGUUGGCUCUACGAAACCAUAACACAAUAACGGUAAAACCAAUUCUGAUACCAGAAGAACCACGUCUGGUAAAACCAAAAUUGCAUCUGGUUCGUGAAAAAACCCUCAAGAAUCUGUUGCCAAGACAAAUGUACGAGAAACUUGAGACAAUUGGAAACAGUAUUCCAUGGCAGAAAACCUACGAACUUGAUGCCCAUCGAAUACCAUAUUAUGCAGCACAUAAUCAUUCUUGUUACAAGAUGUUAAACAGCAAUUUAAUGGAUACUUUGAAAAAGGAUAACAUCGAUAUAGCAAUAGUUUACGCUGGAAAUCCCUGUCAGUUAGCUAUACUUCACACCCUACAAAUUCCAUUCAUUUAUUUCGAUGUUGAAGGUUUUACUGAUGAAACGUUGGUGGCCUCCGGGACACCACCAAAUCUCGAUAUUCCUCCAUCAAGUUGUUUACUGGAAUCGUCGUCAUUUUACCAACGUUAUCUGAAUGGAUUCUGUUUACUGCGUGAAUACCUUGUUCAAAGUGGCAUAUAUUGGACUGCAAAGCUUUUUUCACAACGCUAUAGACUUCUAGAUUACCCUAUAACUAAACAGUUUUUAGAAGAUUACGAGCUGAAAAAAAAACAUGAAGGCAAUUUCCCCGAUGUUAACAAGAUAAAACAGAAUGCAGAAUUCUAUUUUAUCAACUCUGAUCCAUUGAUAGAAUAUGAUUAUGCACUUCCGCCGAACGUUAUCCCAGUUGGUGGACUUCAUAUUGAUCAUGUUAAACCACUGUUUUAUCCAUGGAACACCACUUUGGCUGCCUCUGAGAAAGGAACAAUUGUCGUUUCGUUGGGUACGCAGGCAAAUUCUACUGCAAUGACCUCAGCACAGUUUCGUGCUAUAUAUGGCGCGUUAAAAGGCCUGACGUCCUACAGAAUUUACUGGAGACUAGGCCCAAACUCAUAUCAUCCAAGUCUGCCCUCAGAUCCUCCCAAGCAUAUUAACUUCACAGCAUUUAUACCUCAGAACGACUUACUGGCUCAUAAACGAACUGUUCUGCUGAUCACCAACGGUGGAAUGAUGAGUAUCAUAGAAGCUUUGGCUCAUGGUGUUCCAAUUGUGGGAAUUCCGCUUUAUGGGAAUAACAGGCAUAACCUUCGCAAGGUGGUGAACAAAGGUUUUGGUGUUAUUGUGGAAAAAUCAGAACUUUCUCAGGCCGCACUAUCGAAAGCAAUCAAAGAGGUGCUGGAAACGAAAAAGUAUAAAGCAACAGCAAAAGAAUUGUCCAAACUGUGGAAUGAUAGAUCUGAAAGCGCUUUUGACGUGGCUUUACGGUAUAUCGAACAUGCAGGUAGAAAUCGUGGAGCGAAAUUUCUUCGACCACCACGAAGAACUUUAUUCUAUCUCCGUCCGCUCUGCUUCGACUUUCUGCUAAUCCUGUUAACUGCGUCACUGUUACCUGUAUCUAUUAUCUUUUUACUAUUUACUAAACUUUGUGGACAUUCAUCACUGAAGAGUGAUCGACAAAAUAAAAAAUUAGAAAAGCAGAAGGUAAGUUUUUUUGAAUUUUAUUGCAAAAAAGAAACAAACUAA